UUGUAGCAGAACACACAAAAUAAAUAGACAAAAAUGCUUACAUAAAGACUUUAUUAUGCAGUUAUGGAUUGCAGGGCCGAGAAGAAAAAUUGACGGAAUUAAAAAGAAAGAAAAUAAGCCAAAAAAGCGGCUGUUUGAAAGAUCAGUAAACCAGAAUCCGCAGCGGCAAAACGCUGUUCUCGUUCUAAAACAUUCUACAGCGUUUCCGUUUAAAACUCGAUUUAAUAGAAUUGUGUGUUCCUAUUGUCAUGACGAAUUUGAACCUAUGGCAGCUCUAAGAAAUCACAUUCAGACAGAUCAUUCCAAUGCCGACCACAAUAGUGCAUUUUACAAAGUAGUCGAUGAUUUAAAAAUAGAUAUAACUGAGUUAAAAUGUAAUAUUUGUUCACAAGGCAUUCAAAAUGUAGAUAUACUUAUGAGCCAUUUAUCUAAAGAUCACGGGGUUUCAGUAAAUUUCAAUGUACCUUUCGGUGUGUUACCGUAUCGACAGGGACCUACAGGAUUGUGGAUGUGUCUAGACUGUGAUAAAACAUUUGCAGAAUUCUCACAAAUAAACGGACAUUUACGUAGUCAUGUAAAGAUAUUUACUUGUGACAAGUGUGGUGCAACGUUCUUGUCCGAACACGGAUUGCGACAACACGAAAGAAACUUUAGGUGCUACAAAUCCUCUUAUAAGCCUCGAUUUGGGAAAGCUCUGAAACAUCGCAGCAAUACUGAAAUUAUUCUGCAGUGUUCCACAGCUUCUCCAUUUAGGACAUGGGGGCAAAAUUUCAACUGUGUCUUUUGUAGGGUACAGUCGAAUGAUCCUAAUGGGCUCAGAACUCAUAUGGCAGCGCGGCACGCAAAUUUUGACAUUCAACUAGUGUUUAGCAGGAAACUGAGAAAAGAGUUUCUUAAAAUUGACAUAACAGAUCUUCAGUGUAAACUUUGCUUUAUGUCAAUAGAGAAUUUAGAUGAUCUUAUGUCUCAUUUGAAGAAUGAUCACAAGCAACCAAUCAACGCUGACGUCGAGCCUGGUGUGUUGCCAUUUAAGUUGAACGAUGGUUCAUGUUGGAAAUGUGCCAUAUGUAAAAUUCAAUUCUCUGAUUUUAUAUCAUUAAAGAAACACACAGCGGAACAUUUCCAGAAUUACGUUUGCGACACGUGCGGUGAAGGAUUCAUUACGGAGUCAGCGUUAAUAGCGCAUACAAAGAUUCCGCAUGAUAACAAAUAUCAUUGCAGCCGUUGUGUGGCUACAUUUUCAACGUUUGACGAAAGGAAUAUACAUAUAAAAACUCAGCAUACUAAGUUGCCUUACAUGUGUGUUUACUGCAAAGAGAAACCUAGGUUUGCAACGUGGGAGCUCCGAAAGCGUCAUCUAAUGGAGUUCCACAAUUAUAAACCAGGCGCAGAGAUGUACGAAUGCACCACUUGUCAUAUGACUUUUAAAACUAGAUCUCAGAAGUAUCAUCACAAUGUAAAGGCUCAUCGUACGAAGAAGGAGUCUGAAUACAGUUACCCUUGUGUUAGCUGUUCAAGAGCGUUCGCUUCUAAAGUGUCGUUGGAAAAACAUAUUACCAAAAAACAUUUCCAUGUGUGAUAGUUUAAAUUUGUAUAU